AUGGCCGUCAUUCCUUUGCCCAUCAACUCCUUCACAUGGAUUUUUGCAGUCACAGUCAUAUUUGCCUUCUUGGAUGCUUACUCCAUCGGUGCUAACGAUGUUGCCAACUCUUUCGCUACAUCUGUUGGAUCUCGUUCUCUCAAGUACUGGCAAGCAGUUGCCAUUGCCAUCUUCACCGAAUUCGGUGGUGCCAUACUAUUGGGAGCCUCAAACACUGCCACCAUCAAAGAUGGAAUCAUCAAUGUCUCCAUGUUCAACGCUCGUCAAGAUCUGUUGAUGGCUGGAUUCAUGUGUGCCUUGAUUGCAUCUUCCACCUGGAUUAUGUGCUGUAUUUACAUCGGAAUGCACCCUUCUACCACCCACUCUAUCGUGUGUGCUUUGAUCGGAAUUGGUGUCAGUGCUGGAGGUUUCGAUGCUGUCAACUGGGCUUGGAAUGGUCGUGGUGUCGCAUACAUCGUUACUGGUUGGGUUUUGGCCCCAUGUUUGGCUGCCUUCCUUGCCGGUUCAAUCUACUCUCUCACCCGAUUCUUUGUCUUCUCUGGAACCAACUCUCUCCGAAGAGGAAUUUACGCCAUCCCAAUAUACUUCACUUUGACUGGAUUCAUUGUAUCCUUCUUCGUUGUCAUGAAGAACGGUCGUGGUGAUUGGUCUAUUGCAGUCACUGGAAACAACGUCGGAGCACCAGUCACCUUGAAGGGAGACUUGGCCAAAGCCUUCACCAUCAUUGGAGCCAUGACCGCUGCCAUUGCUGCCUUCUGUGUCUUCUUGGCAGUCCCAUACUUUAUCCGUAAACUCGAAAAGGAAGAAAACCUCAAAUGGUACCACAUCUUCUACAUCUGGCUCGUACCAACUCAGCCAAAGGAUGAAAACUUGGACUUGUACUUGAAGAAGACCAUGACUCCUCACGUUCUCCACCAACAAGAGCUAGAUGCUGCUGCUGGUGAAAAGACUGACGAGAAGGGUACCGUAGCUGCUACUGAAGCUGUUGUUGCUACUCCAGUAGUACCAAAGGACACAUCUGCUUUGGGAGCUCUCAUCAGCAUCCCAGCCAAACUCUGGGCUUUCGCUACCAAAGGAUUCAGAAUGGACAUUGUUGGAAUCCAAUACGAAAGUGCCAAGAACUUGCACGAUAUUGCUGUAUUAUACGACAACAAGACCGAAUAUUUGUUCUCUUUCUUACAAGUGUUGACUGCUGCCUUUGCAUCAUUCUCUCACGGUUCUAACGAUGUUGCCAACAGUAUUGGACCAUUUGCCGGCGUCUACGCUAUCUGGUCUACUGGUCUCUUGAACGCCUCUGGCUCAAACGCUCCAGUCCCAACUUGGAUGUUGGCAUUCGGUGGUAUCUCCAUCGACAUUGGAUUGGCUUUAUACGGAUACAACAUUAUGCGUAACUUGGGAAACAACAUGACCUACCACUCUCCAUCCAGAGGCUUUGCCAUGGAAUUAGGAGCUGCUUUAACCGUCAUCACUGCUUCCUUCUUGGCCCUCCCAGUAUCAACAUCCCAAUGUAUUGUUGGAGCCACCAUCGGUGUCGGUUUAUGUAACGGUUCAUUGAAGGCUAUCAACUGGAAGAUGUUUGGUUGGAUUGGUCUCUCAUGGGCUCUUACACUCCCAGUUGCAUCCGUAGCUGCUGGUCUCCUGUUCGCCGUCUUGACCCGUGGACCAAGCUUCGCUGCUCUCCCAGCAUAA